AAUUGUGUUCAUAGAGCGCUGCGUAGCCAGCUUGUAAUGCUAAUACACUGACUGUGUGUCCCAUGAGGCGCUAAGCUAGACCCGGGGAUCAUUAGAUCGCAGCGGUUAGGGUACCGUAUGUAUACUUAUCAACUCGAUGCUUAAGUCGUUUCUCACAUUGUUUCCCUUUUACUUCGCUAAGACCGUGACGGAGUGGUUGAUGAACUAUAACAGAUCGGAGCAGUCAGUGGCUUUUUCAUUGAUAAACUUAACAGAAAGUCUAAAUACUAAAGAGCGAGACAACAUACUACAAGCAUUCAAGGGGUUUGCAACCUCUUCUGGGUCUGCACUCGCUUUAGAAGAUGAGGAUUAUCAAAUAGUUAUACCAUUCCAAGUUAAUAGCAAAGGUAGCUAUCUGUCGCACAAUCUGUAUCCAUCCCGUAAGAGGCGUGGUUUAUCGGAUGAUGGGAAAGCCAGUGCCGUCCAUUAUAAGGUAGAGGGAUUCGGUGAGGAAUUUCAUCUAGAAUUGUCAAUCAAUGAUGAUUUAGUAGCACCUGGAUUCGCUGUGCAGAGGAGGAAAAAUGGUAACAGCAUUAUGGAGGAAUACAUUCCAGAGAUAGAGAACUGUCAUUUCAGCGGUCAUUCAAGACAUCAUGAAGGAUCCAAAAUUGCUGUCAGUCUUUGUAAUGGUCUGACUGGCUUAAUACGUACAGCUGAAACGGACUACUUGAUUCAACCACUACCGGAACAUAUAGCAGUGGCACAAAACUUUACAGCGGGAUCUGACCACUCUCCACACAUUAUCUAUAAAAGGUCCGCAGACAUACGACACCAUAAGCAUGAACCAAAGAUAGGUAAAGCUAAAAGCAAAAAGGAUCAUUUUUGUGGAAGGAAAAAAAAAUUUGCCUUUACUGGCUUAAUACGUACAACUGAAACGGACUACUUUAUUCAACCACUACCGGAACAUAUAGCACUGGCACAAAACUUUACAGCGGGAUCUGACCACUCUCCUCACAUUAUCUAUAAAAGGUCCGCAGCCAUACGACACCAUAAGCAUGAACCAAAGAUAGGUAAAGCUAAAAGCAAAAAGGAUCAUUUUUGUGGAAGGAAAAAAAAAUACAUGCCAACUAGAGUUGAGGAACCAUUACACUUUAUUGAUGAGUACCCGGUAUCGGCAAAUAGAACUCGUCGGUCAAUUGCGGCAAACAUGGUAACCGCCAGGAACGUUGGAAUCCUAGUGGUAGUUGAUCCUAAAAUGGUAGAGAGUCAUGGAGAUGCACAUAUCACAACUUAUGUUCUAACAGUUUUCAACAUGGUGAAAACGUUAUUCCAUGACAGUAGUAUAGGAAGCAGUGUCAACUUCAUACUCGUCAGUUUAGUGAUACUCCACGAUGAAGAGCCUGGACUUCAACUAACUCACCAUGCUGACAACACACUAAACAGUUUUUGCCAGUGGCAGUCGACUCUAACAACCCCCAACGGUUCCAAGCAUGAUCACGCUAUCCUGAUGACGGGAAUGGAUAUCUGUUCCUGGAAAAAUGAACCGUGCGACACUUUAGGUUUUGCCCCAAUUGGUGGCAUGUGCAGUAAGUAUCGAAGUUGUACUGUCAAUGAGGAUACUGGCCUAGGAUUAGCAUUCACCGUCGCACAUGAAUCAGGACAUAGUUUUGGAAUGGUGCAUGAUGGGGAUGGCAAUGAUUGUACAAAGUCCAGUGGUCACAUCAUGUCUCCGACACUAUCUGGUAGUAACGGCCGGUUUAUGUGGUCACAAUGUAGUCAAACAUACCUUGACGAAUUCUUCAAUUCAGAGCAAGCAUUAUGCCUUGAAGACGAACCCGUUUCAACUGGCCAGUAUGAUUUUCCGAAGAAGAUGCCUGGCGAGAUUUAUGAUCCUGAUACUCAGUGUAAAUGGCAAUUUGGCAAAGACGCUCGUCUCUGCUCAUUUGAUUUUGGAAAAGUUGCUCAGUCUGUUUGCAAAUCACUGUGGUGCCACCAAGGCCAUCGGCGUUGUGAGACAAAAUAUCUGCCAGCAGCGGAUGGCACUAUGUGCGGUACCAACAAGUGGUGCGUCAAGGGCCUCUGCUUGGAUCACGGUAACACAGGGCCUAGUCCUAUCGAUGGAGGAUGGAGCAAGUAUGGGGACUUCUCAGAGUGCUCACGGACCUGUGGAGGUGGUGUUAGAUACCAGGAGAGAAAGUGUAACAAUCCAGACCCCCAGUAUGGUGGAAAGUUCUGUGAAGGUCCAAGCAGAAUUUAUAGCAUGUGUAAUACACAAGAAUGUACAGAAAAUAUAGUUGAUUUUAGAGAGCAACAGUGCGCUGCCUACAAUAGUAAACCUUUCCGAGGCUUUUACUACGAAUGGAAGCCGUAUUUACCUUUAGAAAGGAGAGAUAUGUGUAAACUGUAUUGUCGAGCCCAGGGCUUUGAUUUCUAUUUUGCACUGUCCAGCAAAGUUAGAGAUGGGACACGCUGUAGUAAUAAAGGUCUAGAUGUCUGCAUCAAUGGGCGUUGUGAGGUUGUAGGCUGCGACCAUCUGCUAGGCUCCGGAGCCAAGGAGGAUGCAUGUGGUGUCUGCAGAGGAGACAACUCUACAUGUGACUUCGUCAAAGGCGAAUAUCACGAUCAACACGCAACGAAUAAUUAUUAUUCAAUAGUAGAAAUUCCAUCAGGAUCCCGAAACAUUAAAAUAUCCGAGAAAAAGCCUUCACCAAGUUACCUGGCGGUCCGCAGCAAGGAGAGUAACAAGUAUUACCUGACAGGAAGCUGGACCAUCGAUUGGCCGGGACAAAUGGACUUUGGGGGUAGCAGUUUCAUGUAUAAGAGAUCAUACACCGUACCAGAGUCCUUAGAAGCAAGUGGCCCUACUUCAGAAACUCUGGUAUUAGAACUGCUGCUACAAGGCAUCAACCCAGGGAUCGAAUAUGAAUUUGUUAGUCAAAAAAUUCCAGAAGUCGUGAGCACUACAUCUGCACCUGCUCAUAACUACAUUCCUUUGAUCAUCAAUAAUUACCAUUUUGCAGGCCAUUUACAGGUGUCUGUGCAGUGUUGGAUGGAUGACGUUGAAGAAGUCGAAGACAGCUUCUGUGACCUGGACACCAAACCUUUCACAGGUACGCAGACCUGUAAUGAGGAACCCUGUCCAGCCAUGUGGGAAAUCAGCGAAUGGUCUGAAUGUUCUGCAGAAUGUGGUGGCGGGAAACGGCGUCGCAAAGUCAGCUGUGUACGACAGAUGACAAAAGAUUCUACAAAACGUGUAAAAACAAUGUAUUGCACACAGGCCAUGCCAGACAAACGACAAGAUUGCAACAACCAUGAAUGCCCUCCGAAAUGGAUUGAAGGCCCAUGGAGCCAAGUAUAUGUAUUGACUAUAAUAUCUUGGAGUGAGUGUUCAGCAACGUGUGGACCUGGUAAAUUGACUAGAGUUGUUAGUUGUAGUUAUUUGGACAAUAGAGGGCAGUAUAGAGCUGCAGCUGAUUCUGAAUGUAGACAUCUAACAAAACCUGCUAUAAGUUUAACAAAACAUUGUCAGAAAGAUGUAUGUUAUGCACUCCGAAAUGUACAAGUACUAUGGUACUCCUCAUCCUGGUCAAAGUGCACUAGGACAUGCGGUGGUGGUGUUCAAAUUAGGGAAGUAAGGUGUUUAGAAGUUAAGAAGAGAUCAACAUCCAAUAUUUGUAAUAUGCGUUUAAAACCAGCAAUAUCACAACGUUGUAAUACAAAUUCCUGCCCUAGACAGGCUUACUCAAGAUGCAAGGAUGAAUACAAUUGGUGUUACCUAGUACCAACCCAUAAUAUGUGCAGCCACAAGUUUUAUGGAGCAAAAUGUUGUAAUUCAUGUAUGGGGCACUGAUGCCUCCAAUUGCAAUUUGUGUUUGGACAGACUUAGGUUCCUCACUGCAAUUCAUGUUUGAGGCACUGAUGCCUCUGAUUGCAAUUUGUGAUUGGAGUGGACAGACUGAGGUUCCUGCUUGCAAGUCAUGCUUGGGCCCCAUUGAUGUUCCUUGCUGCUACUAUAUUUAUAUUUAUAUAUUUAAAAAAUCAGGGUGUUUUCAAUAAUCUUAUGAACUUGAGAUGGAUUGUGAUUGAAAGAGUCAGUGAAUAUGUGACCGAAGAUAGAUUUUGGAAUUAUUCCUGAAUAAAAUUAAAUGAAGAAAAAAAGAGCUAUGACUCAAAAUACAGGAGAAAUAAAGAUUUUAACUGCCUCGAAAUGUGUUUGCUGCCAGAAAGAGAAAGAACGGUGAACAAUGAAACCAAACUGUAAACAAUGUGUUCUGUGAAACACAUUUACAAAAGUAGUUUUAAAAAGGUAAACUUGUUGAAGAAGAAUAGAGAAUAUUGGACCAACUGAAAUUGUUGCCUCAAGAUGGAUCACAGUUUGGAAUUGUUUGAGAAAUUGAUGGUUUACAUUUCAUAUUUUAUUUAUAUUUAAAUUUGUAUUUUAUGUUUAUAUAAAAUUGAUUUGUAUAAAAAUGUGUUAAUAUGCGAUUUGUUUUUUAAAAAAAAGUAUUAUAGAGAAAGUGUGCCAGUUGGCUGUUACAGAAGGAAGACAGGGUUUUUAUCGAGUAGUUAUAUUUUUUUGUAGAUGGCAAACCUAUUUUUUUUUAACACUCAAAUUUAUGACAACUUUUACCAAACAACUAUUUUAUUUUAGCUUGAACUUGGAAUUAUUUCGACAUCAUUUAUGUAAAUGCUUUUACUACAAUGUUGAGUAUUUGAUUAUUCAACUUUACCAAACUCCUAUUUUAACUUUAUUACAAAUGUUGAGGGCAGUGUUCAUGUUUCAGACAUGCUGAUACUAUAAUAUACUAUCAAAUCAUAUAUUAUUUCAAUAGGAAAUUACCAUUUAUAAAAUGUUAUAUAUAUUGUAAAAAUAUAAGAAAUGUACAAAGUGUAUGUAGAUAUUAUCUCCUUUGAGUUGUAAAGCAGUUUAGUCAAAGAUAUGUAUAUUUUUUAGGCUAGAUCUAGUCAUUUAUCUUUUGCAGUUGUAAGAAAUCUUAGUUUAGUGCACUAGUGUUUAGUAUUUAAUAUGUAUUGUAUGUUAUGCCUAAUUCUUUUAAACUGAAUCACGUUUAAUUGUAUUCAAAUUCUAAACAGUAUGUACUGUUGUGUAACAUUUUCUGAAAACCUACCAAUUUUAGAAACUAAAAUGUGUAGCAGAAAUUCAGAGCAGCACAUUUGAGAACAUCUGGUAUCCAGCAAUCCUGGUUAUGUGCGCAUUACUGCACUCAGGCAUAGUGCAUUUUUAUCAUGAUAGGUCAUCAUAGCUAUAAUUUGCAUAAUAUGCAAUUUCUUGAUACUUCAAAACAAAUUUUCAUUCUUAGUAAUGAUUAUUUUUAUUACUAUUAAGGCCAGUCAUCAGAAAGGUUUCGAAUCUGUAUACUGUUUACUAGACUACCACACAUGUUUAAAUUUGUUUAAAUAAACAUUCCCAGAUUCUUAACAAUA